AAUUACUACCGACUUACCGUUAAGGCGUUAACAACAUAAAAGAAACCCUUGAAUUUCAGUACAGUCCAAAUUGUUGUUUCAAUUCAAUUCCAUUUUCUAUCCCCGGAAAUUCAUCAAUGGCAACAACCUCCACCACCACCACCAUGGAUCCACCAUCGCCGUCACCACCACCAAAUGAAUCACCUAAUUCUUCCGAGGCCGUCGUUUCGAUAGCCAGGCCUUCUUCAACAGGGGAAUCUAAAGAUCAGCCUUCAACGGCGCCGCGUCCGCCUCCGCCAAACCCUAGUUACUCCAUUGCGGAACUUCCUCCACCUUCGUCCAAAGAUAACAAGAAGCUCAAUCCUCACAAAAAUGACAAUAAGGAGAAAGUUUCAAUUUCAAUUCCUUACUCCAUUCCUCCAUGGAGUACAGCUCCUUCUCUUCCUUUCUUCCUCGAAGUUCUCAAAGAUGGCGCAAUCAUUGAUAAGCUUGAUUUGACGGAGAAAGGUGCAUAUAUGUUUGGAAGAAUAGAAAUGUGUGACUUCAUUCUUGAACAUCCCACUAUUUCUCGGUUUCAUGCUGUUCUUCAGUUUAGGGGAAAUGAAACUGCGUAUUUGUAUGACCUUGGAAGUACUCAUGGAACAUUUAUCAACAAAAAACAGGUACCAAAGAAAGAUUUUGUAGAUUUGCAUGUUGGUGACGUCAUACGAUUUGGCCUUUCUUCUCGAUUAUAUAUAUUCCAAGGUCCAGAAGAGUUAAGGCCCCCGGAAGCUGACUUGGCUAGCGUCAGAUAUGCUAAAGAUAGGGAAGCUUCCCUUCGCAGGGCAAAGGAAGAAGCAACUCUUGCCGAAGGAAUCUCUUGGGGAAUGGGAGAGGAUGCUGUUGAAGAAAUUGAGGAUGAUCUUGAUGAGAUAACAUGGCAAAACUACAAAGGAGAACUCACAGAAAAGCAGAAAAAAACUCGGGAGAAAGUACUGAAAAGAAUGGAGAAGAUUGCGCAUAUGAAAAAAGAGAUGGCUGCAAUUCGUGCUAAAGACAUAUCCCAAGGAGGAUUGACUCAGGGACAACAAACUCAGAUUGCUCGGAAUGAGAUGAGGAUAUCACAGAUAUUGGAGGAGCUUGAGAGUUUGGAAGAGACUUUAAAUGAUGGUAUCCGAGAAAGUUGCGGUGCACGCUCUGGGAAAUCUAUGCGUGGUAAGCAAAAGGGAUUGGCUGAAGAUGAGGAUGAGUAUAUGAGUGAUGAUGAUGAAUUUUAUGACCGGACGAAACAGAAAUCUGCUAACAAAUCAGCUGAUACACAAUCUAUUGAGACAGCCGAUUCUCUUCUGGAUAAGAAGGAGGUAUUGCUGAAUGAAAUGGAGGAGAAAAAAAGAUUGAUUCUGGAAGAGAAGAGCAAGACAUCAGAGCCUAAGGUUGAAGAAGAUUCUGGAGAUGCACUGGAUGCCUUUAUGUCUGGUCUCUCAUCUCAGCUCGUUCUUGAUAGGACUGUGCAACUUGAGAAGGACCUAUCUUCCCUCCAAACAGAAUUGGAUAGGAUAGUUUACCUGCUGAAGAUUGCUGACCCUACUGGAGAAACUGCAAAGAAACGAGCAGCAACGCCCAAGGAGCACAAGUCCAAGGAAUCUGCAUCUUCACGGUCUGCUGUUAAGAAAUCUGAGAAAUCCAAAAUUGAACUGAAAAAAGUUAAUCAACUUGAAAAUGCUAUCAGUGUUUCUUCUUCAAAACAAGCAACUCCAGAUGUGACUGUAGAAGCUAGUGAAGCAUCAAAUACCAGUGAGAAUGUAGCUGAUCCAGCAGAACAAAAACCAACAGGUUACAAAAUUACAAAGCCUCAGUGGCUUGGCGCAGUAGAGGACAGAGAAAGAAACGAGAUCCAACUAGAGAAACGACCUGAAACUGACGAUGGUGAUGAAUUUAUAGAUUAUAAAGAGAGGGAGAAGAUUUUGGAAUCAACUGAAUCUCAAUCAGAAAAGAAGCUGGACUCUGAUCUGGAAAGUGCAGCCCCUGGUCUUAUAUUACGGAAAAGGAAGCCUGCUGAAACAGCUGAAGAUGGUGAGGAUCUGAAGUCUAAAUUGUCAGAAUCUGUAGGAGCUAACAUGGCUGUGGAAGAUACUGUUGCACUCUUGUUGAAACACAAACGAGGAAUCUAUGCUGGUGAGGAAGAAUCAGAUAUUCUAAGCCAUGAUAAAAGAGAUCAGAAGCAAUCUGGGAAAGAUACAAAAAAGCCUAGAAGAGUGCUUGGCCCUGAAAAACCUGCUUUCUUGGAGCAGCUUCCUGAGUUGGACUAUGAAACGUGGGUGCCUCCAGAAGGACAAUCAGGCGAUGGUCGUACAUCACUGAAUGAUCGUCUUGGUUACUGAUGGAAACUAUACAUUAUAGUCUCCAUUUCAUGCACUACAGUUCCGAGGCUAGACUAGGGUUCCUCAACCAGAUAAUCGACCCUGCUAUCAUCUUUUACAGUUGGCUAUUACCACAAUUUCCCUUUAUAACUGCACCAGCUCUGUAGCAAUGAAUCAUUAAAGCUUAAUAGAUGUUUUGAAGGUGCGUUUAUCACAAAAUUGUGAAUCGUGAUGUCGGAAUCUCCUUGUUAUCCUGCUAGAAAGGCCAGCAAUCAUGAAAUGUCGAAGGUUCUUAAUACAAGCCGAGCGCUUCAGUAGGUUCAUGUAUCUCCCAAUUUUGGUGCUGUGAAAGAAAUAUGACGAAUUUAAGCUUGGAUUGUACAGACUAUAAUUAACACUUAACAGAAUGAUCUUCUGUAUUAUCUCAAAAAAAAAAAAAAAGAAAAAAAAACGAUCUUCUGUAAGCACAGGUUAAAUAUAAAUAUAUAUUUUCCAUUAGAAUUAUUGUAGUAUUCUUUGUAUUUUUUUGUUACUCUAUGCCCAUUUUUUUCAAUCUAUUUCUCGUACUAAUUAGUA